AGUACGUGUAGGAAAACAUAAAGUCAUAUCAUAUUAAACAAAAUAUACCUGUGAUUUACAUCGAGUGUCACACUGUGCUAAAGAGAUACGCGAUUCUACACAAUUAGCAGAAACCACGCACAGCUAUUAUAGAAACUCUUGAAUUUGCGUUCGCAAUACUUACUGAAUUACAAUGUAGCUUGAUUGUUGUUCCUACCUACAUCGUACAGUAAAAUAUUGCUUUACAGCAGUGUGUGCUAACGUGUGAGACAUGUGUUGGUUGUUUGGACCGUAACAUCUCCAAUACUGUUAAAAUGUCACAUGUGAUGUACAUUGUGAGUGGCAUAUAUUUAUGUUUCACAAUAUUACUAACUGCGGAUAGUGUAGUUUCCUUGAGGAAAUAUGAGAAGAAGGAUUUGGAAGUUUUACGGGAGGAAGUUCGACAGAUGUUUCAACAUGCCUAUGACAGUUAUUUGCGGUAUGCAUACCCAUAUGACGAACUACGCCCACUCAGCUGCGAUGGAAUGGACACAUGGGGCAGUUAUUCAUUGACACUGAUUGAUGCUCUUGAUACAUUGGCUGUUAUGGGAAACUACACAGAAUUCCAGCGAGUUGUGAACAUAGUCACCACUCAUGCCAAUUUUGAUGCAAAUAUUAAUGUAUCUGUGUUUGAAACCAAUAUUCGCAUUAUAGGAGGAUUGUUAAGUGCUCACUUACUAUCUUAUAGGGCUGGAGUUCCUGUUGAGCCUGGUUGGCCUUGCAAUGGACCUUUACUGCACCUGGCUGAGGAUAUGGCUCGUCGCUUAUUGGCUGCCUUUGACACAGCAACUGGCAUGCCAUAUGGUACAGUGAAUCUGCGUUAUGGAGUGCCACCUGGUGAGACAAGUGUCACAUGUACUGCUGGAGUUGGCACAUUCAUUCUUGAAAUGGGGACCCUUUCCAGGCUUACAGGUGACCCAGUGUUUGAGGAGGUGGCAAUGAAUGCACUUCAUGCUUUGUAUAAUCAUCGCUCUGCAAUUGGCCUAGUGGGAAAUCAUAUUGAUGUGCAGACUGGUAAAUGGACUGCACAAGAUGCUGGGAUAGGUGCUGGAGUGGAUUCUUAUUAUGAAUAUCUUGCAAAGGGAGCUAUAUUAUUGCAGAGACCAGAGUUGAUGCGCAUGUUUCAAGAAGGGCGUUCAGCUAUUGAUAAAUAUUUGAGUCGUGAUGACUGGCAUCUUUGGGUGUCAAUGUCCAAGGGGCAGGUGACACUGCCUGUUUUCCAGUCUCUUGAAGCUUACUGGCCUGGAGUGCUCAGUCUCAUUGGUGAAGUUAGUAAAGGAAUGAAGUCCUUACAUAAUUAUCACCAGGUGUGGAAGCAGUAUGGAUUUACACCAGAAUUUUACAAUAUCCCCCAGGGGGAGGUUGGGACAAAUCGAGAAGGUUACCCUUUGCGUCCUGAACUUGUGGAAUCAGUUAUGUAUUUGUACAGAGCUACACGUGAUCCGUAUUUGAUAGAAGUAGGAAAAGACAUCCUUCGGAGCAUUCAGCACAGUGCCAGGACCCCAUGUGGAUAUGCUACGAUAAAGGAUGUAAGAGACCACCGCAAGGAGGAUAGAAUGGAAUCUUUUUUCCUUGCAGAAACCACCAAGUAUUUAUAUUUGCUUUUUGAUCCAGACAAUUUCAUACAUAACAGAGGAGACAAAGGAACAAUUGUACAGACUGCUUGGGGAGAGUGUGUCCUGGAAGCUGGUGGUUACAUUUUUAACACAGAGGCUCACCCUAUUGAUCCAGGUGCUUUACAUUGCUGCAGCGGUCAUCGAGAAUCUGAUAUCCGCCAGAUGCUGAGCAAUAUAGACAGCAGAAAUUUCCGUGGUGAACGUCUCUCCACAAUUCGCAACCUCAGGAAAAAACAUCAGUCGUAUGUAAAAGCUGAAAAUUCUACACAACAGACAGAGCAGUCUACAACAGAGAAUACAGAUUCUAAUUCUGACACUGAUGAUGAUCAACAGACAGAGGCAAAAAAUGAUGAAGAGGUCACUACUAAUACAGUGUUAGAUGGAAGUUUAAAUGAAGUUAACCAAAGUUCUGGUAAUGGUGGUGUGAUCACAGAUGAUGCCGAUACACAAUACAUUACAGUAGACAGUAAUGAAACUAAGUCUUCAGAGUCUUACAUAAGUCCUGAUAAUUCUUCUGAGUCUGUAAAUAUUUCUGACCAAGACAAUUUUGAUAACUUUAGUAUAACUACAGGAACUGUAAACAUGAGUAGUAAUGGAGGGUUGGAAUUCUCCUCAUCAUCUGAAGAAGAUAAAUCGACUCAGAACCAUAACAGUGUUCCAGAAUAUAGAGCAGAUGAUAAUGAUCAUGUCUAUGCAGUCCGUGACACAUCUAAAGCAAAAAAGGUAGUGCAGAGUGGCCCAGUGGGAGUAGUGGAUAGUGAGAAAGCAGGUGUUAAAAUGGUUCCAGCCUGGAAUGGAGUAAAAGAGGUUAAACAGAUAUUCUCAUCUGAUAUCUCAUCUGCUCUGAAAGAAUUUCUUUUGCCAGGUGUCCCUCCGAAACGUGACUUUGAUCCUCAGAUUCUGCUCGAGAGGCUGCGGUCAGAAAUAAAUUACCCUCGCAAUAUUUCUUGGGAAAGUGACUAUGAGGUCCUUUCAUGUCUAGCACAACCAUUUGUGCAGCGAAUUUCUAUGUCUGGUGAAAUAUUUGGAGCUGAAUGAACUAAAAGUUAAGUGUCAUUCUAGGCAAUAAGAUGAGGCAUUCUUGUUUGAUUGCAAGUGUUGGUAUUCUCUCUCUAUCUCUCUCUCUCUCUCUCUCUCUCUCUCUCAUGGUGGAACAGGCAAGCUCCACUGAAUAUUAGCACUUCCAUUGAAAAGGUGAACCAUCUUUGUUGUUAUGAGUACAGUUACUUUACUGAAGCAGUGGUGGUUUCAUUUUGUUUGUAGUGGAAGAAAAGAGCAAGGGCUAGAAAUGAAGACCACACAACGUGUCAGUAAACAGUACAUAAACCACUGCAUUUUCUCGUAAGACUGAGACAAUGUUGACCUACAUAGGAUAUUAGUAUUCUGUUAUGAACUAUGAAAUAAAAAAGUCUCAUGAACUUAUAAAGGUUCUUGCAUUUUGUGUAAAUAUAUAGACCGAGGAAUUACUGGAACAAUAUUGUUGAAACAUGACUACAAUAAAGAAAAGUAUGCCAUAACCUUCAUUAUAAACUAGUGAGUACAAGGAAUGUUGGGAUGUUUGGUAUAUGGUGAAAUUGGUAAGAAAUCACUGUUUACAGAAAGAUAACAGUAAGGCAAUAGAAUUAAUUGUUCUUCUGUUUCUUCAUUGCUGCAGAUUAGAACAUCUACUACGUUUACUAUCGGUUUACCUAAUGUGGCUAUGGUACAGCUGAUCACUCUGUUUACAGUUGCAAUUCCUUUCACCUUACAGCAUUUUUACUAGUAAUGUAACUCACAAUCGACAGUCAUUUGUGUACAGUCUGAAACAUUUGUUAGGCUAACUAGCUGCAAAUUCCUGAAAUAUGAUGAGGGAUGAUUGAAAAGACAGUAACAGUCUCAUAGAAGUUUGCAUGCUACUGUCAGUAUUCACUGCAUUUUCACUCUUGUACUACACAUACUUGAAAUAAGUAAUUUAGUUUAUCACAGUUUUUGUGCAUUAUAUAUAUAUGGGUCUGAUUGUUCUAAAUACUGUUACAGUUUCAGUGUCAGCUGUUUAGAUAUCAGAAAUAGGAACAUUGUUGGUCUGUUGCAGAAGCAGGAAAUGCAGAAACAUGUUUGCAGACAGGGAAAGCUUGCACUUUUGCACUUUUUAAUGCAGAAACAUGUUUGCUGAUGGAGCAAGCUUGCAAUUUUUUUCCAUUAUUCCCAUUUUUAGGUUCAGCACAUGGUGGCCACUUUCACUUACUGGAUGCAACAGCCAUUAUAUUUCUGUGACCAGAUGAAAUUCUGAUCACCAAGGGAAACCUUACCCCUGUUAGUCGUUUACUAUUUUCCUUAUAAAUCCUUCCUACGUAUAUAAUUUUUGAAAUUUUCUUCUAUUUUAGAGUCAUUAGGCAUGGAAAAAUAUUUUUGGGCUGAUUCAACAGCUGUGUGUAUUGUGCUGCUUUUCUUAUAGUACAUACAUUGUUAAUUAUUGUCCUAUAAAAUUAAUUGAUGCAAUGACAGUUGCUUAAUUGAUAAUGUCAACAUAUAUUUCUUUGUGCCGAAGGUAACUGUUUGAACAUACAAUUUCAAGUAAUGUAUAGCCUUUAACAAUGUUUGCAGUUUAAUACUGAAGUCUCUGCUGAAAACUUAUUGUCUGUAAGUGACAGUGAAAUUUGUGCAGUGUCAAAACAAUCAAUAACUUAUUUGAACACAGAAGAUUUUGCUGUAAUACAUAUUCUGUAGAAGAGCCACACUGGCUGUUUCAUAAAUAAUAUCCCUGUACUUGCCUUAUUUAGACCAAAACCGUAUGAACUACGUUAAGGAAAUAUAUCUGAAAAUGUCUGGAAUAAGCUGGUCUUGCUAAACACAGGUUGUUCUUUUUCUUCUUCUUCUUCUUCUUCUUCUUCUAGACCACCUCCAUAGCCUACUAACAGGUCUUUCUUGGUACUGAUGUGGAGCUCCCUCACAUUUCUGUGUAUUGGAAAGGUCUGUAAUAGGACCUACUCAGUCAUCUGAGGACAAAAGAGAAACUGAGUAAAUUAACUAUGAAUUUGACACACCAGACCAAUCACAGGCUUGCAACAGGCUGGGAGCCACACAGCAUUGUCACCUUCAUAUUAUUAUUAUUAUUAUUAUUAUUAUUAUUAUUAUUAUUAUUAUUUUAUGUAUGAGCUGCUAUGGACUACAGUUAUUUCAGCUGUCUCUUCUUUCUUUUCAUCCACAAUUCUCUCAUUACUUCUCAGUGUUGCUCUCUUCUUUCUUCUGCCCAAGUGACUACAGUCUUCUUCUUGGAUUUUUCAUGGAAACCUUUGGAGUCCUGUAAUUUGUGUCUGAGUGGCAGUUGUUCCUCCAAUAUCUUGUGGAGUAAUUUGAAGUUCGUCCCUGUCCCUUCCAACUUCUUUGCACAAUGUGUUAUCCAUUUUUAAUUUGCCAAAAUAAGUAAACAGUCUUUUAGCCAGUCUGUUGGGAUUCGUUCCAGGUAUGUUGCCAUAGAAAAUUACUCUUAAUUUCUUAACCACAACUGCAAUUUUUUCAAGGUAUGCAUAAAGUUCACUGUUAUGACAUCUUCUGUGUUGUGUUUUCUCUUUAACUAGCCCCAAAAUUUUCCCAAGUAGUUUUCUUUCUGUGGUUUCCAGUGCUUCCAUCAUUGCCUUUUUGUUCAGAGUUAAAAACAGUCUGCUGCAUAAAGUGCUUAUGGGCGAAUUAAUAUAGAGUUGUAUGAAGGUUUAGCAUUGAUGGAUACUGACUUCUUAUUAUAUACAUCCUUGGUAAAGUGGUAUGCUGCUUUCAUUUUAUUAACUCGUGGUUUAAUGGCUUCUUUCUCGAAAAUGUCUUGUUCAGCUACUUCUCCGAGAUACGUGUUAGUUCUCUCAAAUUUUCCAUAUUUAGUUUUCAUUAUGUUUGGGACUGCCUUAAUGUUAGCCAUAAAUUUGAUUUCCACAAAGGAGGUUUGUAAGCCUGCUUUUUCAGUUUGUUCUUUAAGCAAUUCUAUUUGUCUAGUGGCUGUUUUCAUUGAGUCAAAAAAAUUAGCUAGAUCAUCCACAAAUGCUAAAAAGUCUAUUUGUGAGAUGUCUUUUUUGUAACUUAAUCUGAUGCCUCAUUGAUUUGGCUUUCUGAUAAUGACUUUCUCCAUUACAUUAUGACUUUUUCUAAAACACAAUUAAAGAGCAGUGAGGAGAGACUAUCUCCCUGCCUCACUCCAGUUUUUUUCUCAAAACUUCUAGAAAUUUCAUCUCUAAAUUUUACUUUAGAAUUGUUGUUUGUGAGCAUCUGUUUAUUGGAGCUGUGGUUUUAGUAUCAAUGCACAGUUUGAGUAUUUCAAACAGUGACUUCCUAUCAGCUGAUUCGUCGACUUUCCUGUCAUCAUAAAAGCAAUUAAGAAAUUUUUAGAUCUACUUUUCAGAUAAAUUAUUAAAGACUUUAAGUUGAUAAUCAGCUCUGAGCAUGAUCUGAUCUUUCUAAAAUCAAUUGAUAUAUCCACCAAAGCAAUUUCAGAGUCGAGUUGCUGUUUUACCUUAGCACUUUUGAAAGGUUUUGUAGGUAACUGGUAGGAGACAAAUGUCUCUAUAGCUGUUCACAUCAGUUUGAUCACCUGCUUUAUGCAGUGGGUAGAUCAAGGAAGUCUUCCAGUCUUCAGAAAUCUCUUUUGUUAACCAAAUAUUUUGGACAAUUUCUGUUAGGUUUUCGAGAAAUUUGUUAUUUGAAUAUUUCCAAAAUUCUGCAAUUAUGGAGUCCUCCCCAGGUGCUUUAUUAUUUUUGAGAGAUCUGAUGUUUUCUUUGAUUUCCCCUUUCAUUGGGGAUAUGAGUCUGGGCACUGAGCUUUUCCUUGCAUAAAGUUAAAUCUUGAUUUCCGACAUUUAUAACUGAGUAAAUUUUCAAUAUACUGGGAAAAAAUGUAUCAGUUUUCUUGGUUUUUACUUGCUCUUUUCUCAUUUUUUCUUUAAAGCAAAGAUUUGAUGGAGAAUAUUUG